GAUGUACAUGUAUCGGAGACAAUGAACCUCCGUUUUAUUACACAGAAUAACACGGUAGGCAUCAUCGCCCAAACCGAACACACAAAUAGAAGGGUCCAGAAACUUCGAUUCUUGUCAAAGUUUCAACAUUGAUCUUUAGAGGGAUGGACAGGAUAAGCAGUUUACCAGAUGGGUGUGAUCAAUCACAUCUUGUCUUUCUUAACGUUGAAGAAGUCUGCUCAAACUUCGGUUCUUUCAAAGAGAUGGCGCAUCCUCUUUGCCUUCUCCCCAACUCUUGAUUUGUUACCGUACAAAAAUCAGAUGCGGCGACCAAGAUUCUUGAGAUUUGUAGAAAGAGUCUUGUAUGUGUCAGGAAACUCCUCCAUAAAGAAAUUCUCCCUGAGCUGUUGUAGAAAGGGUUAUCGCACCAAGCUUUGGUUACGUGAUGUCCUGAAUCGUGGUGGUGUAUUGGAUCUUCAUCUCAGUCUGGGCGUAGCUGAUGCUGAUCUGCCGGGUGAGAUUUUCACUUGCAAGACACUUGUGGAACUUAAACUAACAGGGUUUUGUAUCAACGAGCUUCCUGAUGAUGCUUCUCUCCCUGCUCUUAAGAAGCUUUUCCUGAACUCAGUUCAGUUCCAUAGUCUCCCUCAUGUUUGUGCCUUUGCAAAGCUUCUUUCAGCUUGCCCCGUUCUGGAGGAGUUGGUUUUAGUUGAUUUGAGGUGGGAUCUGUGGAAAUGGUCUCGCUCCCUAUCCAGCCCUAGCCUUCGGAAACUUACUAUUAGACAUAGACAAUUCAGGGGUGUUAACAUGUCUGAUUUUGGGAGCAUUACUAUUGAUACUCCCAGUGUUACCCAUUUAGACUACGAAGAUCUUGUCCCCAGUUCCUAUCUGGUUGUCAAUCUCAACUCCCUUGUCGAAGCAAAUCUCGAUCUUGUUGUCACAGUAGACCACGGUUGGAACUCACGUUUAGCACGAGAAGGUGAUAAUAUUACUUGCAAUCCAACAGAUCUGUUCAAGGGGAUGAGAAAUGUUCAAAUCAUGAACUUGUUAUCUCCGGAAAGUUCGGAGAUAUUCUAUUUAUUCCGUGGAGCAAUCCCAGUGUUUGAAAAACUGUUUCAUUUAUCUAUUACAACGGAAUUAACAGCCUGCUGGAGUGGACUGGUCUUUCUGCUAAACCAUUGUCCUAAUCUAGAGACUCUCACCAUCAAGGGUCCCUUUCAUUAUGAUUCAUCUGAUUCUGUUUGCGACUGCUUGUCGGGAUAUUCUUUCCUUCUGUCAUGUCAUCUGAAGGUUGUAAAGAUAACCGAGUACGAAGGAACUACCGGCGAGUUGUUACAGUUAAAGCAUAUUUUAGAGAAACUAUCACGUCUUGAGCUGUUGGAAGUUAGUAUUUGGGGUACAGGUGACCUGAAGUUUCAAACAGCUAAGGAUUUGCUAAUGCUUCCAAGAGCUUCGUCCAAGUGCAAGAUCCAGGUCAUCAACUAGCUCAUCAUUCGUUUCCAAAUUCAGCACAAAACUUUGAUUUUGUUCACUUACCUAGUUAGACUAAGAAGAGGUCUUGUUUCCACCUGAAUCUGUUUUAAAACUUUUUAUACAUUGUCAGAGAGUUUUUCUCACUGCUGUAAUUUGCCUUUUGAUCUUUAUCAUACUUUUGUGAUAGAGUCUAGUUAUCUAUUACUUGUAAAUCCCAAGCUCUUCGAAUA